AUGAGGGUGAACUUUUUAGCAAUGUUCAUGACGGCUGUAAGCAGUAGAAAAGUUUUUUAUAUUAAUUUAAAGGAUGUCAAGUCAGGUGAGGAUUUGUUGAGCCAAUUAUUUGAAAAGGCCCAUCAUUUUCCAGAAGAAACAUCAAACGAGGUGUCCGGGGGUGUAAGCGCAGGAUCAUCCAUGCAUAUGUCCAAUUUAGCACAAAAGGUGGAAGAAAAGGAGAAGGCACAAUCACCGGCUCCUUCCACUGGACAGAAGGCACCAAGCCAGAAACAAUCAGGAGAUAAUAGUGCAACAAAAAAGCAACAAGAGGGAGAUAAAGAAGCCAAGAAGACCCAGGAAAAGGCCAAAAAAGAAGAAAGUAAGCAAAAGAAAAGCGAUUCUAAAGAAGCUAGUCUUCAGAAGAAAGAGGAGCAGAAGCAGCAGAAAGAAGAUAAGCAAAACCAGAAGAAAGAAGAGCAGAAGCAGCAAAAGGAAGCAAAGCAGAAGGAAAAGGAAGCUCAAUCUCAAAAGAAAGCUGACAAGGAGGACACUAAAAAGAAGGCAGAACCAAAGAAAGAAACUAAGAAGGCGGAUAAAGGAAAGCAAGAACCUAACACUACUAAAGAUCAAAAGUCCAAAGACAAAACAUCAGAACAAAAAACUAGCUCUAGUAGUGAUGAGGUUAAGUCUAGUACAAAAAAGUCUCAGGAAGAGAAAUCUACCAGUGUUGAGUCUUCGAGUUCAGCCUCCAAGGCCAUAGAGUCUAAGAGCAAAGAUGAGGUUUCUAGUAUCCACACAUCUUCAAAUUCAAGCAUUUCUGGAAGUACUUCAGCAGCUUCAUCUUCAGACAAAUUAUCAUCUAUUAAUGCAGCUUCUACCAGUGCUAGUAGUGUAGUGUCCACCAAAUUGUCUUCAAGUGCAGUCAAAUCUAGUAGUACAGGAUAUUCGUCAUCAAUACCUCAUUCAUCUAUCAUGUCUUCAUCUGUGAUGGGGAAUGCUUCAUCAGCAUCCUUCUUUCCAUCUUCUGUGUUGUCAUCUGCCAUGGCAUCAUCAGUAGUGUCACAAGUAUCAUCCACCAUACCCCAUUCCUCAAUUGCUGACGUCCUAAAGAAGGCAUCUGAGGUGAACAAGAUCAAAAACCUAAGCUCGGUGGAUGUUAACGACGCACUAGGGAAAUGCCAGGAAUGUGAGAGGGUGGAUCAAGUGCUUGCUUACAAGGAUGGGGAUCAAUACACCGAUUAUUCUGGAAACAUAAAGUUCCAGCAGAAGGACGGUAAGUUGGUUGACAGUUCAGGUUUGUUUGUUGGGAAGGAUUGUGGGUGUUCAAAGGAAGACAUACCUCAGAUUGGAAAGAUAACUGGAACAGGAUUAUAUCAAGACCAAAGUGUCAACAGUAUAAGUUGUCAAAAGCAAGCCAAUGCUAUCGACAAACUAUAUUCGUCUGCAAGCAACAUGGCACAAAGCUCAGGGAGUGCACCAGGGAAAACACUUUCUGCAAGCCCAUCUCAGAAUUCAAAUGGUGGGAUUCCGUCAAGCAAAUCUUCUGGCGCAAGUUCACAAGUAGGGAAUAGCCAAGGAUCUCAAAGCAUACAGCCGGGUUCUUCAGCAGGCAGCAAUCAAGGGCCUCAAAGCAUACAAUCAGGCUCUCCCCAGGGAGCACAGGGUGGCUCCUCUUCUCAGGGUGCACUGCCUAGUCCCUCUCAGCAAAAUGGUCUAAUGUCACAGAUAUCUCCUUCUUCUCCCGAAGCUAACGCUCAGGAGAGCCCGGGUGUUUCUGUAAACCAACCCACAAAAAUCAGAUCUGGAAGCCCUGAUUAUAUACCUCCCAAAAUAUCUAUAAAGGCAGUUAAGGUCAAAUAUGGGGACUCAUGUGGAGAUAUCCCAGGAAUUGCUAUAAGCUCGGCAUUCGUACAAGAAAGCCCUCCUGUAAAAAUCACUGUAACAGAGCCAGCAAAAACUGUUACAAGAACUGAAAAGAUGGAACUUCCCCCAGUCACCGUUAUAAAAGAACUGACCGUUGUGGAACCUCCCUGCACUAUUGAGAAGGAAGUAUUCAUCACUCAGGAGCCCGAAGGCAUAGUUGAGGAGAAAACUGUUACCAAGCCAACUACAGUUGUGGAAUAUAAGACUGUGAGUGUUACAACCACUAGAACUAUAGUUCAAACAAUAACACCCAAUAGCAAUUCCAAGGAUGAGGAGGUUCCCAUUGCAACCAUAUGCCCCACAUCAGCUGAUAACUUUAACGAGAAAAAGGCCAAAGAAGAAGAUGUUGUUACAACGAUCAAUACAACCAUAAUGGUGGAAGACCCAGGAGAUAUGGAAUGUGAACAAGAAUGUGAAUGCCAGGAGGAAAACUGCGAGAAUCCUUGCGACAAGAUAAAAUGUGUGUCCAAGGAUGAGUUUUGA